AUGGUGUUUCGUCUCUUCUCAAAGAUUCGAACAGUUGAUGCUAAUGAUGACCUUUCAACUGUUUCAGAACAAGAAUCUCACGUUCCAGUUCCAGUGGUAGUUUCUGUUAAAGUUUCACCAUUAAAAAUUACACAACAUUCUCUCAAAAUAUUAGAAAAAGUAAAUAGGGAUGAAUUAUUAAUUGUUGGAUGUUUUCUAAAUACUUCCGAGCUAGCAAAUCUUGCUUCAUGUAAUCAACAAUUACUGGAAUUUUUCUUUAAUUUGACAAUUGACAAGGUCAAUUUAAUAGCAAACAGGAAAAAAGAAUUCUCAACUGUGAACAUGGAUUCAAGAAUUGUUUCAAUCAAGGAUGUUUACCAAGAGAAUGAUGAAUUAUUCUCAACAACUCAAACAAUAAUUUGGAAACCACUUGUUCUACAUUAUUUUCCAAGUUAUUCGAAAUCUCUGAAUGUGAAAAAUUGGAUGCACAUAUUAAGGAGAAGAUUCACCCACCUUCAGAUACACAUGCCAAGAUCCAAAAACCAAAACCAAAUUCAAAUAAUUGGCGGUACUGAUAAAUAUCAAAGGGAAUUCGUUGAAGGUUGCGAAUGGGAAUACGAAUGUCCACUCAAAAUCACCUCAAUGACUUUCAUUUCCGAGGAAAUGGUGUUUUGCAAUGUUUGUAAGGAGAAUAUUUACAAAGUUCAUAAUGAAACUGAUUUGAACUAUCACACCGAACAAGGACAUUGUGUAAUUCUAACCGAAAAAAAACGACUUAGAAUUGGAAAGACGUAUAAUCCUAAUUAUCAUAAACUUCCUGCUGUUCGUUAA